AAUCCUUUUAAAGUAAUGUUGCUAUUGUCACUUUUCAUUUGAAGUCUGCAAAGAAAAAAAAAAUGGAUCUCCAACUAGCAUUAUCUCUCUCUUCAUCAUCUUCUUCUUCUUCUUCAUGUUUUACAAAGUUUGAUCUUAACAAAAACAACCAUGAUGAUAAUAAUAAUAAUAACAAUAAUGUACAUGAAAACAAAUUGUUUGAGUACAUCAAAAUGCAAGAUUAUUUGAACAAGAGGAAGCUUUGUGUUGAAGGUGAUCAUCAAGAAGAAGAAGAUGGCAUGCAUAGACUUGAAACACUUCCUCUAUUGUUUAGCAACAAAAGUAACAAUCAUGAAAAAGAAGAAGAAGAAGAAGAAGAUGUGAAUAAUGAAGUUCAAUCUACUUUUAUCUUCAUAAAUCACAAAAGUACCGGUGAAGAAGAGAACAGCGUGGUCGGAUGGCCACCAGUGAAAUCUAGUCGAAAGAAGUUUUGCCACCAGAAGAACGUCAUCGGUGACGAUGGUCAUCAUAGAUGUGUUAAGGCAAUGUAUGUUAAGGUGCAAAUGGAAGGAGAUGGAAUUGCAAGAAAGAUUGACCUUAAUUUACACCAUUCUUAUCAAACGCUUGUCCACACCUUAGCCCAAAUGUUUGGCAAGUGUAAUGAAGAUGUGAAACUAACAUAUCAAGACAAAGAAGGGGAUUGGUUGCUUGCUGGAGACAUACCUUGGGGAUCAUUUAUUGAGAGCGUUCAACGUCUAAAACUACUGAAAAUUCACUAGUGAUGAUGAUGAUGGAUUGGCAUGACAAACACAUACGUCGUCAUUGUUUUAGUUGAAGAGACUUCAAUUAAGUUAUUUGGUUACAGAGAUACAUAUAAUAAUUUUAUAUGAAAUAUUUUGAGUAUACAAUAUUAAUGCUUAAAUUAAUUAGCUACCUAGCUAGCUAGUUUUGUGGUAUUUUUUAGGGAGCGACUAACAUUUAUAAUAUCGUAGAUGAAAUGAAAGUCUUAGCUAGCUUGUAUUGGCAACA